CUCCGGGACGCAUGCGCACUAUCUCCGCGGUAAUUAGGGCAGUUCCUCGGCCGGCGUGAGUAGACUUGGGGCUCUUGGAAUUCCUGUUCCCACUACCUCGCCUUCGCCUCCUCCGCGCUCGAGCGGAAUCGCAGGCUCCCGAGCUCCUCGUGCUCUCCGUCGCCGGCUUCCCUCUGCAGCACGACUCGCAGGGCCAAAAUGAGUCUGUUUGGAACAACCUCGGGUUUUGGAACUGGUGGGUCCAGCAUGUUUGGCAGCACAACCACAGAUAAUCACAAUCCUAUGAAGGAUAUUGAAGUAACGUCCUCUCCUGAUGAUAGCAUUGGUUGUCUAUCUUUUAGCCCCCCCACCUUGCCGGGGAACUUUCUUAUUGCAGGAUCGUGGGCUAACGAUGUUCGCUGCUGGGAAGUUCAGGAUAGUGGGCAGACCAUUCCAAAAGCCCAGCAGAUGCACACUGGGCCUGUGCUGGAUGUCUGCUGGAGUGAUGACGGGAGCAAAGUAUUUACAGCAUCAUGUGAUAAAACUGCCAAAAUGUGGGACCUCAACAGUAACCAAGCGAUACAGAUUGCACAGCACGAUGCUCCUGUGAAAACCAUACAUUGGAUCAAAGCACCAAACUACAGCUGUGUGAUGACCGGGAGCUGGGAUAAGACUCUGAAGUUUUGGGAUACACGAUCGUCAAAUCCUAUGAUGGUUUUGCAACUCCCUGAAAGGUGUUACUGUGCUGAUGUGAUCUAUCCGAUGGCUGUGGUGGCCACUGCAGAGAGGGGACUGAUCGUCUAUCAGUUAGAGAAUCAACCUUCUGAAUUCAGGAGGAUAGAAUCUCCCCUGAAACACCAGCAUCGAUGUGUGGCUAUUUUUAAAGACAAGCAGAACAAGCCAACGGGUUUUGCCCUGGGAAGCAUCGAGGGGAGAGUUGCCAUUCACUACAUCAACCCCCCAAACCCUGCCAAAGAUAACUUCACCUUUAAAUGUCAUCGAUCUAACGGAACCAACACUUCAGCUCCUCAAGACAUCUACGCGGUGAAUGGAAUUGCGUUCCAUCCAGUUCAUGGCACCCUUGCAACUGUAGGAUCUGAUGGUAGAUUCAGCUUUUGGGACAAAGAUGCCAGGACAAAACUAAAAACUUCAGAACAGUUAGAUCAGCCGAUAUCGGCUUGCUGCUUCAAUCACAAUGGGAACAUAUUUGCAUAUGCGUCCAGCUAUGAUUGGUCAAAGGGACAUGAAUUUUAUAAUCCCCAAAAGAAAAAUUACAUUUUCCUGCGUAAUGCAGCCGAGGAGCUAAAGCCCAGGAAUAAGAAGUAGAGGCUGGAGGCCCGGGGCUUGUCCGGGGUCCUCCCUGCACUCUGCCUCGUCUCUGCACGAAUUUGGGUCUCAGCUUUUGGUGGGUUGUCAGCCAUGGAUGUGGAUUUCAACCCCCGGAGAAAACCAUGUCAUUGUUCAGCAGUCAGGAGCCCCACGGCCACAGUGACUCCGUCUGUCCAUUCCACUGCUGGUUACAGAUGUCAUCUGUAACUCUUAGGGGAUUGAAAUUAUUAUAGAAGUUCUUAGAUCCAUGUGGGCGACUGCCAGGUAUUUUGCAGUGCUUCAUUCAGCAGUGUAUGUAUUAGAGAACAUUGGGAAACCUUCUACGAAUCCUGUACUGUAUUUUGUAAUAAAAUAUUUUGAAGAUGAUCUGCUAAGCUCCCUCUGUCCGUGUCUCCCCGUGCCCACCCACCUCCCCCUGUAAGCUCUGCAGUGGCCGUCCUGCUCAGUGUCAUCCUCGGGCUUUGAUUUGUGAUUGCAGAUGCCCUUUGGGAGAUGCAGAAACCUAGCACCUUAGUGAAGAGGGAGUCCUGAGCUGGGAUGGUUCCUAGUGUGGACCAUCGGGCAGCAGCCUCUCCGGGCACUGCUGGGCAGAGUUUGAAUGAGUUCUUUUGCUUCCUUCAUUCCCACCUUUAACACCCCCAGUGCUUUUGUCAGCCCUGCUGGGCCAAUGUCCCAGGGACUGGAACAGGCGUGUUCCUGUUCUGAGGCUCAUGCCUCUGUGGACAAAGCCCGAGUGGGUAAUGUUUGUGUGGCCUUCAAGUUAGAACCCAAGUCCCCGCAUGGGAAGUGCUCUGAGCUCCUGCCCCCAGCAGCCGUAGUUUUGGGAUGUUGCUUUUUUUAUUUCAUGUAAUUCAGAAUUCCUGAUUGGUAAGUAUCCAAAAUGAGAGUGUUGUGUUUUUACCCUGUGGUCCCAAAUGCUACUCCUGGUUUACUCUUUGGAGCUGGUAUGUAAACUAACUUGCUGAGUGUGGAAAUCUGAUAUUGAUCAUGUUGUAAGAUGUGUUUGCCUACUCAUAAAGGACAUUGAAAAUAAAGUUUUCUACUGAA